AUGGCAAUUUUAGGAUCUCUUCCAGCAUCCCAGGAUUCCUCCUCCGCUCAGCGGGCUCCUGAUGGCACUGCCCAAAUAUCCAGUCAGCUGAAGAGCGGCUAUAACCACGCAGUGUCCGCUAUGUGGCAAGCCGAACGGCAUUUACAUAAGUCUAUGUUUAUCUAUCCUGUUUUCUUGUCCGCCGACCCAGAGAUGGAAGAGCUUAUCCCGGGCCUCCCUAACCAAUAUAUACGGGGAAUAAACAAACUGCUGCCUUUCCUAUCUCCUCUAGUGGCAAAGGGCCUCCACGCGGUUAUUCUGUUUGGCACAUUGCUCAGUAGCCACAUAAAGGACAAUGUUGGUACGAUGGCAGAUAGCAUUAAUGGCCCCGUCAGGCCCGCAAUUCCACUUAUCCGCCAAACUUUUCCCGAACUUUACGUCAUCGCAGAUGUAAGUCUCUGCGAGUAUACAGACCACGGACAUAGCUCUGUCCUGAAUGAAGACGGCACAGUUGACAAUGAAGCAACUGUCGCGCGUGUCUCUGAUAUGGCAUUGUCUUUUGCUAAGGCUGGCGCCCACUGCGUGGCUCCGUCGGAUAUGAGUGAUGGACGUAUCCGCGCGAUUAAGCUCAAACUCAUCGAGGCCCGACUUGAAAGUAAGACCGCAAUCAUGUCAUAUUCCGCGAAGUAUGCUAGCUGCCUCUACGGGCCGUUCCGCGAGGCAGUCUCGUCUAAACUUCUCACAGACGAGCACAAGCGCUAUCUAUUGCCACCUCCCGCUCGCAAACUCGCCCAUAAGGUCAUGAUCCGGGACAUGCAAGAGGGCGCCGAUAUGAUAAUCGUCAAGCCAGCUUAUGCAGAUAUCAUUAGCGAUGCAAAGAGUAUUGCUACUGUGCCGGUUGUGGCAAUGCAGGUAUCUGGUGAAUUCGCUAUGAUCCACGCAGCUGCCAGUGCUGGUGUGUUUGAUCUGAAGACCAUGGCUUUUGAAGCGACAGAGGUUAUCGCUCGUGCUGGUUCCGAUGCCAUCCUCAGCUAUUUCACUCCAGACUUUCUAGAUUGGCUGAGCUGA